GCCCAUUGUAAACAAACGUUGCCGUCUUUGGGUCGCGUAAUUUUGAACCAUGCCGUUGGCCUUAACUAAAAUGCUUGUUGAGUUCAAUAUGGAAGAUAUUGAAGUGAUAAAGGAAAUUGGGCGUGGAAGCUAUGGGUCUGUGUGGUUGGUCUCAAGAAUUACUGACCGUCGACUUCUAGUUCUCAAAUCUGUCAGACUUUCACACCUAAAUUCAGAAGAAGAAAAGACUGCCAGACAAGAAGUACAUAUUCUGGCAGGACUGAAGCACCCUAAUAUUGUUUCAUACAAGGGCUCCUUUGAAAUGAAUCAUCAUUUGCACCUGCUGAUGACAUACUGUGAAGGAGGAGAUCUCUUCACAAAAAUUCGUCAUCAGCACCGUACUCUCUUUCCGGAGCAGCAGAUAAUACGCUGGUUCAUUCAGAUCACAAUGGCACUGCAGUACCUCCAUUCUCACAACAUCCUUCAUCGAGACUUGAAGACUCAGAAUAUUUUCUUAACUCGGUCCGGUCUUAUUAAACUGGGAGAUUUUGGCAUUGCCCGUGUGUUGAACUCCUCAGUGGACCUGGCAACAACGAUGAUUGGACACCACCAUUACAUGUAA